UCUGGUGACAACCCUCGCUCACGCUCUCAUACUAGCUCGCUCUCACACUAGCUCGCUCUCACUUCCCCCUCGCUCUCACUUCCCCCUCGCUCUCACUUCCCCCUCGCUCUCUCUCUAUUACGCUGUCUAACCAAGUGCAUACCAGCCAGUCCCAACACAAACAGAGACAGAACCCACGCGAUACAGAGAAGAACGCUUCUUCCCUCCCUCAGCGGCUUCUCCGGUGACACUCCUCGGAGGCGACUCCGGCGACUCUCCUCAGUGGCAAACACACCCACGGCGUUUGCAACACAGAUUCUAGAUUGCAUAACCUGUCGAGGACAUAUUAUACUCAUAGAUUAUAUUGUCUGUAGUUGAAGCAAAGAUGAGGAUUAUGAUAAAGGGCGGUGUUUGGAAAAACACCGAAGAUGAAAUCCUGAAAGCGGCUGUUAUGAAAUAUGGUAAGAAUCAGUGGGCUCGAAUCUCUUCGCUCCUUGUUCGCAAAUCUGCCAAGCAAUGCAAAGCUCGCUGGUACGAGUGGCUUGAUCCCUCCAUAAAGAAGACUGAGUGGACUAGAGAAGAGGAUGAGAAGUUACUUCAUCUUGCUAAGCUCAUGCCCACUCAGUGGAGAACAAUUGCUCCAAUUGUAGGUCGUACACCUUCUCAGUGUCUUGAGCGGUAUGAGAAGCUCCUUGAUGCAGCCUGUGUAAAAGAUGAGAACUAUGAGCCUGGUGAUGAUCCUCGAAAAUUGCGUCCUGGGGAGAUUGAUCCAAACCCCGAGUCAAAACCUGCACGGCCUGAUCCUGUUGAUAUGGAUGAGGAUGAAAAGGAGAUGCUUUCUGAAGCACGAGCCCGAUUAGCCAACACAAAGGGAAAGAAAGCAAAAAGGAAAGCUAGGGAGAAACAGCUUGAGGAAGCAAGGAGGCUUGCUUCCCUACAAAAGAAGAGGGAAUUGAAGGCGGCUGGAAUUGAUAUCCGGCAGCGAAAGAGAAAAAGGAAAGGAAUAGACUACAAUGCUGAAAUUCCAUUUGAGAAAAGGCCUCCUCCAGGAUUUUUCUAUGUUGCAGAUGAAGAUAGACCAGUGGAACAGCCCAAGUUCCCUACUACUAUUGAAGAACUUGAGGGGAAAAGGAGGGUUGAUAUUGAGGCACAAUUAAGAAAGCAUGACAUUGCUAAAAAUAAAAUUGCACAAAGGCAAGAUGCCCCAUCUGCCAUAUUGCAUGCCAACAAAUUGAAUGAUCCAGAUACAGUAAGAAAGAGGUUAAAAUUGAUGCUUCCACCACCCCAGAUAUCUGAUCAAGAAUUGGAUGAAAUUGCUAAGUUGGGUUAUGCUAGUGACCUUGCAGGGAGUCAGGAACUUACUGAAGGUAGUGGUGCUACACGUGCUCUUCUGGCUAAUUAUGCACAGACACCCGGUCAAGGAGUGACUCCUUUGCGAACCCCUCAGAGAACACCAUCUGGUAAAGGAGAUGCUAUUAUGAUGGAAGCUGAAAAUCUUGCCAGGUUGAGGGAGUCUCAAACACCAUUGUUGGGAGGAGAGAAUCCGGAGUUGCAUCCUUCAGAUUUUUCUGGUGUCACUCCUAAGAAAAAAGACAUUCAGACUCCAAAUCCAAUGCUGACCCCAUCUGCAACUCCUGGAGGUGCAGGUCUCACUCCAAGAAUUGGUAUGACACCAACAAGAGAUGGUUUUUCUUUUAGCAUGACACCAAAGGGGACUCCUUUGAGGGAUGAACUACGUAUUAAUGAGGACAUGAAUAUGCAUGAAAGCACUAAACGUGAGCUGCAGAGACAGGCUGAUAUGAGAAGAAGUCUGCGUUCUGGUUUAGGAAGCCUUCCUCAGCCCAAGAAUGAGUACCAAAUAGUGAUGGAACCAGUCACAGAAGAUUCCGAAGAGCCUGAGGAGAAGAUUGAAGAGGAUAUGUCUGACAGGAUAGCUAGAGAAAAAGCAGAAGAAGAGGCAAGACAGUAGGCAUUACUUAGAAAACGAUCAAAGGUCCUUCAACGGGAACUUCCUAGGCCCCCUGCUGCUUCAUUGGAGCUUAUAAGAAAUUCCUUAAUUAGAUCUGAUGGGGACAAGAGUUCCUUUGUUCCACCAACCUCUAUUGAGCAGGCUGAUGAGAUGAUUAGAAAGGAGCUUCUAACUUUACUGGAGCAUGACAAUGCUAAGUAUCCGCUUGAUGAUAAAGUGAAUAAGGAGAAAAAGAAAGGAGUCAAGCGAUCUGCAGAUUUGUCUGCGGUCCCUGUGAUAGAAGAUUUUGAGGAAGAUGAAAUGAAAGAUGCUGAUAAGUUGAUAAAGGAAGAAGUCCAAUAUCUUUGUGCCGCAAUGGGACAUGAAAAUGAGCCCCUUGAAGAAUUUAUUGAAGCACAUCGAACCUGCCUCAAUGAUCUUAUGUACUUUCCUACCCGUAAUGCAUAUGGUCUCUCCAGUGUUGCUGGGAACAUGGAAAAACUAGCUGCUUUGCAAAAUGAAUUUGAGAAUGUGAGAAAGAAAUUGGAUGAUGAUAAGGAGAAGAUGGUACGGCUUGAGAAGAAGGUGACUGUUAUCACACAAGGCUACGAGAUGAGAGCAAAGAAAAGUAUCUGGCAGCAAAUUGAGGCCACUUUCAAGCAGAUGGAUAUAGCUGCAACCGAGUUAGAAUGCUUUAAAGCUUUGCAAAAUCAGGAGCAGUUAGCAGCAUCCCACAGGAUAAACAAUUUGUGGAGUGAAGUACAGAAGCAAAAGGAACUUGAAAAAACUUUGCAAAACAGGUACGGGAGUCUAAUUGAAGAGCUGGAGAAGAUGCAAAAUAUCAUGAACCAAUCCAGAUUAAAGGCAGAGCAGCAAAAAGAAAUUGAAGCAAACAAUGCUCAUGCUGAGACCAAAGUCAAUGAAACUGAUGUGCAGGAUACCGGGAGUAUUGUACCUCACUCAGCAGAGGAUGGAAAUGCUCAAGCAAUAACAGUCGAGUCAUCACAUGAUGGAACUUCUGACCAGCAAGUUGAGAUUAUGCAAGACAAGUCGACUUCUAGCCCCAGCCAUGACAUGAAUGUGGAUUCUGAUAACAUGCAUACAAUACAUGACAGUGAUGGUAAAUUAGCAAAUGCUUCACCAGCUGAUGAGAAUGUUGUUGAAGAAGUGGAAGGUAGUAGCCCUACUGGUGGUUAUACUGACAAUGGGGAGAACGUGUCAGAAAUGGGUGCUUCAAUGGAAAUAAAUAGCCCCAAUCAAGAUGUAGUUGCGAAUGCUGUAACCACAGGUGAGAGCAGCAUGGAAGAAACCAAUGCUGUUACGGAGGAGACAAAAUAGGCUGGACACUUUGUAGCUGUUCUGAAAGUUUAAAGGGAGAGAUAUUAGGAUGGGUAGUUUCUCAGUUCAGAUUUCAGUGGAUGUUUAACUGAAUAGAUUGCAUGGAGAGUGAGUCUUGCUGCUUUUUUUUGAAGGCAUAUGAAGAUAUCCAUUCCUAGUUGAAGUUUGGAACAUGUUAUGAUUCUGACAUUAAGCUAUGAGCAUUGAGAUAUUUGCUCUCCCUUUUUUUUUGUUCUUUCAAUAGUCGUCCCCUUUUUAGUGGAUGUCGGCACUUUUAUAAGAAUGUUAAAGGAUUUUAUUUCAAUGAAUUAGACCUUAGAGCUAGUUACUAUU